GCCAGUGGGCCGAUAAGUAACUCGUGCACUUCCUGUGCCAUGUUCCACUCUACUCUUACUCAUCAUGACCACUGGCGAUGGCGCAAGUUAUAGCGACAAGGUGUCGCACGGGUCGCAUGACCAUCACAAGCUCGAGGCGGGGGACGCCGGCGUCACCCCGCAUCUCGGCCCCGGCCCGCCCAGCAUCAUGACCGACGACGAGGCAACGCUCUUCGCCUCUCCGCUUCCAAUCACGGGCGAGCGCAAGACGACAACACGCAAGGAGCUCUGGUCGUGGUACCUCUACUAUGUCGGCAACUCUGGCCUCGGGCCGUUCAACUUUGCCAUCAGCGCGUGGCAGAACCUGCUGUACCAGGCGGGCUGGGACCCGGCGUCGGCGCGCGGCACGGUCCCCUGCGGCACGGGCACGGGGUGCGUGCUCGAGGCGUACGGACACGUGCGGGACAUCAACUCGAUCGUGUAUAUCACCAACGGGCUGUCGUUUGCGUUCCAGGCCGUCCUGUUCCUUAUCAUCGGCAGCUUUGCAGACUAUGGCACGUGGCGCCCGCAUAUCACGACGGCAUUCACUGUCCUCGCAUGGGGCGUGAGCUUUGGCUGGCUCGGUGUCAUGACACCAAACAAGUGGAAGGCCGGAACGGCCCUCUACAUCCUCGGCCUGAUCGGGUACCAGGGCGCGCUGACCUUUUGGACCGCUGCAUUCCCGGGGCUUGCGCGCGAUCUGCCAGAGAUGCAAGAGAGCGAGCACGAGCUCGCCGCCGGGCAGAUCAGCCAGGAGAUGUUUGAGAAGCGCGAUAUGCUGGAGCGCAACCGGCUAGCCAACGUAUCGUUCUUUGUCUGCUCGGUCGGUGAGCUCGUGGUCCUCGCCAUCCUGGCCGGCAUCCUUGUCGCCAUCAUCACCGACGCGCCUGAUAGCAACACCAAGGCGCUGAGCUAUGUCUGCGCGUACAGUGCCGGCGUGUGGAUCCUCUGUGCCAUCCCGUGGCUCCUCUUCGAACAGUACCGCCCCGGCAACAAGCUGCCUCCCAACACGACGUACGUGACGGCCGGUGUCAAGCAGAUCUACCACGCCUUCCGCCUCUGUUUGCGCCUGAAGCAGACGUUCAUCUACCUCGCCGCGUACUUUAUGCUCGGCGACUGCCUCAACACGCUGGUGACGGUCAUUGCGACGCUGCAGAACGAAGUCGUGUCAUACGACACGAAGAUGCUCAACUACCUCCUCAUCGACGGCAUCGGCGCCCAGGCCAUCGGUAUCGGAGUCUUCUGGCUCAUCCAGAAGAAGUUUGUCAUCCGCACCAAGACGAUGCUGCUCGUCAACGCCCUCUUCAUCAACCUCCUCGCCGUGUGGGGCUGUAUCGGCAUCACGCAAAAGGGUUUCGGCUUCCACAACACCUGGGAGUUUUGGUUCUACCAGGCCUACUAUGGCGUGUUCGUCUGCCCAUGGUACGCAAUCUCGCAGGCCAUGAUCUCCGAGGUCGUCCCGCGCGGCAAGGAGUUCCUCUUCUUCGCGCUCUUCUCCAUCAUCGGCAAGACGUCGUCCUUCAUCGGUCCGUUUGUGUCGAGCGCGAUCCAAGACCGAUCAGGCAACGGCAACAUGCCAUUCACGUUCCUGCUCGCUCUCGGCGUGGUCUCCACCGCCAUCCUCGUCUGCGUCGACGUCAAGAAGUCGCACAAGGAGUGCAGGCAGUACCUCGACGACGAGGCCAAGCGGAUCUACAAGCUCGGCAAUCCGUCCAGCAGCUCGGGCGAGGUUGAGGCUGUGGUGGUUGAGUCAAAGGGCAAGCUGUAGAGGCGUGGCAGCGGCCUGAUGUUAUCCCCGCAGCGGCACUGGUUGCCGCUGCGUGUCGCCUCCCGGAUUGUCAGACUGACCGAGGCGGCGAGUUGACAC